AUGGAUAAACCUUUCAAAUUUUCGCUUUAUUAUAUUGCUUCUGCUCCAAAGAAAGGUGGAACAGUAUUUAUUCCAUUAAAAGAACUCAUUGAAGCUCUUUCUGAAGAGAAGCAUCAACGUUGGGAAAAACUGUGGAUGGUGAGUGAUCGGCAGUCCAGGAUCAUCCAUCCUCUUAUUUACCCACAUCCUUCCACAAAGAAACCAACUCUGUGCUUUCAUCUUGGAAUGACUGAAGGAUUUUGUUGGAAUUAUCAAAGUAAAGAUGAAAGAUGGACAUCUUGGUCAGAAACUGAAGAGAUUCUAUCAGAAAUCCAUGCUGAGAUAGAAUCUAAUCCAAAUUUGAUCUAUGUUCAUGAGUGGCAAACUGGUGAUUUCAUCUUGUCAGACAAUCUGGCUUUGGGUCAUGAGGCUACUCCUGAAACUCAGUUGCCAGUUUCUGAGGUGGGUUUACGUGUAUUGCACAGGACAACAAUUCGGGGAACUAAUUUCCCAUCCAAGUGA